AUGGCCCGCGGCAAGUGGAACAGGCAGCCUUGCAAAGGCACUCCGGAAGAUGUCAGGCAGCAUGUGUCCAGUUGCAAGACAGCAGAUUGUGCGUGCCACUCUGCCGGGCAUCACCUGCCAUCCCUGCAAGAAAAGUGCCAGUUGAUCAGCCCCCAAGUGCUGGAGGCUUUAGGGGAAGCUCCCCCAGAGACUCUGGAGAAGGCGCAGGACUUGCUGGGCAAAUCCUGGCUGACCUACGAGUUUCAAGGCGAGCCUCAGCGCAUGCUGCUUGGGUGCAGUGUGUGCUCUGGCGACAAAGGAGUCCAGUUUACGACUCAGCAGGCUGCCGCUGCCAAUAAGCUGGCCAGGCAUGGCAGUGGACCGGAGCAUGUGCGGAACGUGUGCAAGUUAUUGGGUUACGAGGUUCCCGCCAAAGAAACAGCUGCAGUGCGAUGGCCUGGGGCGGAAGUCGUUCUCCAAGUCUUCAGACAGUUGCAGAGGGAUACCACGGACCGUUUUGUAGAAGGUGUGUCGGCCGAGAAGAAAACCAGUCGGAUCGAAUGGUGCAUCGUCGAAUCCGCGCGCAAGCGCUGGAGGGAAUCCCUGCGAAAUGCUGUGGCUAUUUGCUUGUUGAGAGACGAAAGACACAAGCGUGUUUUGCUUCGAUUCCGGGCGGUGGACAAGACCUUGCAGGUCACGAACGGGGUUCUGGGCCAACUAAAGGGCGACUACUCCAGCACCGCCUUCGGAUUGACCGCGGCGACUCUCAGGGUCAUCCGGGAAUUUGCGACGCCUGGUUUGGCUCGGCCUGGGAUGAAUGGGGAGGAGCUGGAGGUGGACGAGUCCCUUGUUCAACACAUUCGUGAGUGUGUGCUGUCCACCACGAUUGAUGCAGCUGGGAAUGAGGUGGCCGCUGUUCAAGACUCGGCAGCACCACUUGAAGUCCAUUGCCAGCACUUGGCCGAGGGAGAGACGCUGUUCCCAAACCACAAAUUGAUUGUGCGGGACCGCGCGCAUGGGACCAGACGGGUGCUGGAGCGGCCCUGGAGGGCCGACCCCUUUCUUGAUGCAGUCAUGACCUCCUUGAUCACUGGGUCCAGUAGUGUGACUCAGUUGAUUGAACACAGCUUCGAUUUCAAACAGUGGUUUGCAGACGCGUCCAAGGCCUCAGCAACACGAGCUGUGGCCACUCCAUUCCGCAAUCUGCGUGCGGCCUUGCAUCGUUACGAAUCAUUGGUGACACCUCUCAGCCGAUUCGUCCUGGAUGUUGAAGCCGUCCUGGCUGUGGCUACUCGUAUGGUAGGGGAGCGUGCUGGCACCCACGCAGCCUAUUGCGCUGAGGCAUUUCUGGAUGCAAUGGACAGCGAGGUGUUGCUGACAGCAGCACUCCUAGCAGAUGGGGGGGACGAAGCCCUACAGCUCAUUAGAUGGAUGGAUCAAGAGGAGAACGUUGUGGAUGCAGCCCGUGCAAACAUUCAGGUGAAAAAAUUCCUGGACUCCAUCAAGCUACUCUUUACUGAGGGCAGAGUGCUGGCCGUCAAAGGCCACACACAGUGCAUGCUGACAUGGUUGUCGUCGCCUCAUGUGCUGGCCUACAACUCCAAGGUCAGAGCCUUGGGAGGUCCAACCGCUUGUCCAGUGCGGCUGCAGCAGGCUUGCCUGCGGAGGCUCCAAGUCUGGGCUGCGUUGGCAGAGGAAACGGUCAGGGCAGAAUUUCCGGAAUUCGAAGCCGUGGCGGCGAUGCGUGUGCUCAAUGUGUGUGAUCCCUGGCCUGCGCUCGAUAGCUUGUCUUCCUCGGACAGCGAGAACAUCCCUGCAGAUGCCUGCACAGAUUUGGAGCGCCUGGCUCAGUCGUUCGAUUGUAACUUUGCCGCCCUCAAAGCGGAAUGGAUGGACUUUCGUGGGAGAGCUCGCUGGCACGCUGUGAAGUCUGGCUGCACAAAUACCUGUGCGUGGAAGAAGGCUAUAGAGGAAUGCCAGGAGAGAAGAGAGACCGCCGCCCGACACCCCUGCGACUGUCUGAACGUGGUCCUUUGCGGCUAUGCCAGCACAUGCAUUUCCGACUCAGCCCUGGAGCGCUCCUUCUCCCAGGCAGCCGCCAAGAUUCCAGCCUCGGCGAGGCACCUUCACCCGCAGAAGGAAAGCCUGCGCAUGUCUUUCUUGGCUUUGAAAGAAGACGAUGUCCGUUCCAGCAUGGAACUGCUGGCCAAUCUCUGGAAGCAGCACUUUGGCUCCUGCCGCCAGGGUGCUUUCGAUCGCAUUGACCAAGGCCGUGCCAAACCUACCAAAGUUGCGACCAACGAUCGAGAGAGCUACAAAGAAUUUAUCAAGGCCCGCAGAAAGAAUGUGGCAGAAGUGGUGCAAUCAACUGCACCUGCAGAGUCCGCAAGUGUUCCCCAGGGUGAUGCGUGGCUGGAGUCCCACCAAAAGGAGCUAGAAUUCAAUCGAGACAAGCGCAAAAAAAGGAAGUUCGAGGCACUGUUUGCCGGAGCCCUACUGGAAGACGAGAUGGAUCUCACCUUCCUUGGUGAUGCUGCCGAGGUCAAGGCCACGAUGCAGAAGAAUCGUCGUGCCCGGCAACGCAAAGAGCAGCGACUGCAGUCGGACAUGACCGCUGGCAAAGUGCCGAGCAUGGCGGACAUGCGUGACUGCCACGUAUACAUGUUGGAGAGAGACAGAACACCUGCCGUGGACAACUUGGCAAUUGAUCUGGGUUGGACUUGGGCUGCCGAUCCUUGCAGUGCCCAGAUUUGCCUCACGGAUUUGUCAGGUGUUCACAACCAUGGCGUUCCUACGUCGGCUAUAUGGGCGGCUGCUAUGCAGGGUGCGUGGGUCAUGAGCCCAGAUUGGGCUUUGGGUGGCGAUUACACAGGUCCUGCGUUGAAGUUCUUGCCACCCCUGCGCACGAAGAGAUUCCUGUGGAUCAGUCCAGAUUUGGCCGAAUCCGCCGCAGGUGUUUGUGAUGUCCUACGUCGCUGUGCCUCAUCAGCCGGCUCCAAGUGGAUCGUGGUCAAUGACUUGGAAGCAUGGCUAGAAAGGAAGCAAGACCUGACACAGAAGAGCAAUGCUGCUGCGGCAGUUGCAGCCGUGACGACGGAGGAAGCAUCUAUGUACAGCGAUGUUCCCCAUGUCUUUGAUUUAAGCCGUUUCUUCCAGUUCGUGUGCAGGUUAGACAAGCAGAAAUCUCGCUUGGCCCUAGGCCGCUGGCGUCAUGGUCCCAGGGCCGAGCAAGGCGUGGCCACGGUUUGCCUAGAGUAUGAGGUCGAGGAGACAUCGGGGUUUGCCUUAAUCCUGGUUAUCGGCAGGAAGCAUGUCUGGCUAGGACGGCGGCGAGCCAUGCCGAAGCGCAAGUUGGCGCAAUGUGCCGCAGCAGCCGUGCAGCCUGGCACAGCACCCACGGCAGUUACUCUGGGAACGGAUUUCUCAGGGCUGGAUGGAGUGUGCUUCGCUCUGCGACGGCUCGGUGUACGGUUUGAGCAUGUGUUCAGCUGCGAGACGGACCAGGCAGCACGCAAAUUCAUCAGGCAUGCUCACCAGCCACGCCUGCUGGAACCAGAUGUGCGGAGCAGAGACUAUGACACCGAAGGCAAGGCUCCACCCACAGUGAAGCUUUAUGAAGAGGGCCUCGAUGUGAUCUGCGGCAUCCUGACAGAUGCAGGGUACAGCUGGAAGUCGAACCCGCCGCCCGUUGCUGUCCUGCCAGAGCAUCAGGCACACGCGCGGCGGGUGCAGUCGGAGAUGGAGAAGCAUGCUGAGAGGGGCUUGAAUCCCUUUGUCACAGGCCUGUGCAUUGAUUGCGGUUCGUCAGAUAAGUGGGUUGGCAGCGCAGUGGAGCAUGCCAUGACCCUCACCAAAUCCCGGUGCCAGGACUUUGGCCAUUGGCUUACCAGCCAGGGCCGUUAUCUAGAUCUAGACGAUUACAGCAAACUUCAAGGCUACGACCCGGACAUGCUCGAUUUUGCAGGUGCAGGAGUCAAACGCACCCAGGGGGCGGCUAUGCUAGGAAAUGCGAUGUCGCUGAACAUCCUGGAGUUUGUGCUGCCGGAGCUGUUGCAUUCUGCAGGAUUGAUAAGCUCGAGCGAGUACGAGACUGCAAAAACCAGAGUCAAACGACGCUGGACUUAG